GUCUCUCUUUGGGUCUGAGAAGGAGCGAACCCAGGAGGGGGCCUUGUCAUGAUAAGCUGAAACGAGCAUGAAAUCGGCGACCUCGUCGUCCGCGCUCUUUCUUCUCCCACGUAGCCUAUCUUCUUCUUCUUCAUCUUCUUCUUCUUGCUCUUGUCACAAGCUUGUUAUAAUGGCCAAGAGCAAGAACAUCAAGUCUCAGUCAUCGUCGGGCCCCGACCCAACUCCCCCUCCCCCUCCUAGGAUUACUUCAAACGUCAGGCAGAAUUUGCAGCUUUUGAAGUUGUGGAAGGAGUUUCAAAAGAGAAAGACUAGCGCACCAAAGCAUUCUACUAGGUACAGGAGGAAGAAAGUGAUUAAGGAAGAUGUUCCGGAUGAUCCGGAACUCUAUCGUGACCCCACCACCACUCUCUACUAUACGAACCAGGGGUUUGAGAACGCAGUGCCGGUCUUGCUUGUUGAUGGUUACAAUGUGUGUGGGUAUUGGGCCAAGCUGAAGAAACAUUUUGUCAAUGGGAGACUGGAGAUCGCACGCCAGAAGCUCAUUGAUGAGCUUGUCACUUUCAGCAUGCUUAGAGAGGUGAAGGUGGUAGUGGUAUUUGAUGCCAUGAUGUCUGGACAACCCACACAUAAGGAAGAUUUUGUCGGCGUUGAUGUCAUUUUCUCUGGUGAUACUUGUGCUGAUGCAUGGAUCGAAAAAGAGGUUGCAGCUUUAAGGGAAGAUGGAUGCCCUAAAGUUUGGGUUGUGACCUCUGAUCAUGUUCAGCAGCAUGCAGCACAUGGAGCAGGAGCUUUCAUUUGGAGCAGCAAGGCAUUGAUUUCUGAGAUUAAAGCAUCACAGAAGGAGGUUGAGAGGAUGCUUGAAGAACACAGGUCAACUUCUUUUCAGGGGAGGUUAUUAAAGCACAAUCUUGACUCAGAAAUUGUAGACGCUCUCAAGGAUCUUAGAUCAAAGUUAUCUGAAAAUGAACCAAAGUAGUUGAUUAUACAUUUAGGCUACAAUGAUCUCACUCAAAGUUCUUGCUGCUUAUUCUGUACAUAUUGUAUAGGAUAUCAAUGUACGGAUGUAUCAGUAUCUUUCAGCAGCAAGUUGUAUGUAGUUUUCAUGUCAAAUGAGGAUGUGUCUGAGGGAUUCUGCCCAUGGACGGGUUUGGUAUAUGUCCGUGCUGGUUUUCAGUUACUGCAAUGAGAAUAAAUGAGAAGUAUGUUUUUCCCUCUA